GUUCGGUUCAGCAAACCAUACGAGAACCAGCCAAGAUGUCGUUCAAGAUUGUGACGGUUCUGGCUUUGGCCACUCUGAUGUGCGUUGAGUCACGCACAGCUCCGGCACGGGUUGAUCCCUGGAAUCGCAUCGUGCGCCCACUGCCGCGACUGCCCCAAGGAUCGCGAUAUGUGUCGGGAGGCAACCGAAUCGUCGGUGGAUUCGCGAUCGACAUUUCCGAGGCACCGUAUCAGGUAUCGCUCCAGCACCGUGGAUCGCACAACUGUGGCGGUUCCAUCAUCGCCAGCAAGUGGGUGCUGACGGCCGCUCACUGUACCGCCGGUGCCUCGCCCUCGAGCUUGGCGGUCCGGUACGGUUCCUCGGAGCACGCUGCCGGUGGUACCCUUGUGCCAGUUGCUCGUGUCGUCAGCCACCCGAAGUACGACGGUUCUACCAUCAGCUACGACUUCUCGCUGCUGGAGCUCGAGGAAGCGAUCCACUUCAGUGACAAGGCUCAAUCCGUCGAUAUGCCCGAGCAAAACGAACCGGUCGAGGAUGCUACUCUCUGCAAGGUGUCUGGCUGGGGAAACACUCAGAACUGGUCCGAGUCAACGAAGCUGUUGCGUGCUGCCAAUGUACCCACGGUCAACCAGAGCGAAUGCCAGGAGGCUUACGCUGACUUCGGAGGCAUCACCGACACUAUGCUGUGCGCUGGCUACAAGAACGGCGGCAAAGAUGCCUGCCAAGGUGAUUCCGGUGGUCCGCUCUACGCUAAUCAGAAGCUGGUUGGCGUUGUCUCGUGGGGAUACGGCUGUGCCAAGGCUGGUUACCCAGGUGUCUACGCUCGUGUGGCCUCCGUUCGUGACUGGAUUCGUCAGAACUCCGGCGUGUAAACGAAAGAACCACCUAACGAUCGAACGAAAAUUCCUUGCUAAGAGCGAUUAAUAAAGAAAUUAAAAAUUGCAUCAUAAAA